AGAUCAAGCAAGUGAAAGUUGCGUGUGCGCACGGUUGUCCAUUCCGCAACAGUGCCUGGUAGGGUUGGUUUAUCAACGAUGGCCUCUCGAGCGGCAGGUGCGGCGGCAACGACGGCGGCCAUCUCGAUCAGCAGGCUGGACCACGUCGUGCUGACGUGCGCCAGCGUGCCGCGCACCGUCGACUUCUACACGCGCGUCCUGGGCAUGCGCGCCGUCACAUUCUCGAGCAACCCACCACGGCAGGCGCUCGCCUUUGGCCAGCAAAAGAUCAACCUGCACCAGGCUGGACAGGAAUUUGAGCCAAAGGCCACACACCCCAAGCCCGGCUCGCAGGACAUCUGCCUGCUGCUCGAGAGUGGCCAGACUAUCGAUGCGUGCAGGCGCCACCUCGCGGCGUGUGGCGUCGACGUCGAGGAGGGCCCCGUCGAGCGGACGGGGGCGCUGGGCAAGAUCCUGAGCGUCUAUGUGCGCGAUCCGGACGGCAACCUCAUCGAGCUCUCGAGCUACGACGAGGCAAAGUGAUCUUACCAGAACGCCGUUCUGGGCCACUCUAUCUAUUAUCAAAGCGAGACUGUACUAAGCUAUACUUGUGCUAUAUCACGGUUCUCCUCACGCCGCGCGAUCGAAGCCCUUGUCGAGCUGGUCCUGGGCGGCGUCAAAGGCCUCGUCGAGGAUGGUGUUGAUGACAUCGGGCAGCUGCAGCGUCAUGGCGUGGCCCGCAUCGGGCACCUGGUGCAGCUUUGCGCGCUGCAUGUGCUUGGCCAGGUGCACCGAGUUGUGCGGAUUGACGAGGUUGUCGUCGUCGCCUGUGGCGAUUGUCACCUGGGGAAUCGCCGCGUCGAUCUCGCGCAGCUCGGCGGCGCGCACACGAUGGGUCAAGGCCGCGCGGA